GUGUCUUUCCUCAAGAUUGUCUUCAAGUUACAAAAUGUACAUGACAGAUCCACGGAUGUACCGCGGAGAGCCUGGAGGUCCAAUAGCCGUAGGCAAGAAGGGCCGAGGUCCACUUGUACACACACAAAGAGAAGGGUUUCUUCCUUUCCGGGAAUUAAAAUUGGCCUGGCAGACCCCUUUACUUCACGGAGAUAUAUGGAAGCCAGAGUUCGAACUGAAGUCCAUAAGGUGACAAAGAAGGUCAACAGUCAUUACCAAAUCAAUGGACAGAGGAAGACUACCGAGAAAGGGUAAGAUGUGCCUUGACACAAACA